UCCAUCACCACACCACCUACCACUACUAACGGACUGUCCACCACCUCACCACCUAAAACUUCUAAUGGACAGAACACAACCUCACCACCUACCACUACUAAUGGACAGUCCACCACCUCACCACCUACCACUACUAAUGGACAGUCCACCACCUCACCUCCUACCACUACUAAUGGAGAGUCCACCACCUCACCACCUACCACUACUAAUGGACAGUCCACCAACUCACCACCUACCACUACUAACGGACAGUCCACCACCACACCACCUACCACUACUAACGGACAGUCCACCACCUCACAACCUACCACUUCUAAUGGACAGUCCACCACCUCACCUCCUACCACUACUAAUGGACAGUUCCCCACCUCACCACCUACCACUACUAAUGGACAGUCCACUACCACACCACCUACCACUACUAAUGGACAGUCCACGACCUCACCACCUACCACUACUAAUGGACAGUCCACCAACUCAAAACCUACCACUACUAACGGACAGUCCACCACCACACCACCUACCACUACUAAUGGACAGUCCACCACCUCACCACCUACCACUACUAAUAGACAGUCCACCACCUCACCACCUACCACUACUGACGGACAGUCCACCACCUCACCACCUACCACUACUAAUGGACAGUCCACCACCUCACCUCCUACCACUACUAAUGGACAGUCCCCCACCUCACCACCUACCACUACUAAUGGACAGUCCACUACCACACCACCUACCACUACUAAUGGACAGUCCACGACCUCACCACCUACCACUACUAAUGGACAGUCCACCACCACACCACCUACCACUACUAAUGGACAAUCCACCACCACACCAACUACCACUACUAAUGGACAGUCCCCCAACUCACCACCUACCACUAGUAAUGGACAGUGCACCACCUCAUCACCUACCACUACUAAUGGACAAUCCACAACCUCACCACCUACCACUAGUAAUGGACAGUGCACCACCUCAACACCUACCACUACUAAUGGACAGUCCACCACCUCACCACCUACCACUACUAACAGAGAGUCCACCACCACACCACCUACACUACUAAUGGACAGUCCACCACCACACCACCUACCACUACUAAUGGACAGUCCACCACCACACCACAUACAACUACUAAUGGACAGUCCCCCAACUCACCACCUACCACUACUAAUGGACAGUCCACCACCUCACCACUUUCCACUACUAAUGGACAGUCCACCCCCUCACCUCCUACCACAACUAAUGGACAGUCCACCACCUCACCUCCUACCACUACUAAUGGACAGUCCCCCACCUCACCACCUACCACUACUAAUGGACAGUCCACUACCACACCACCUACCACUACAAAUGGACAGUCCACCACCACACCACCUACCACUACUAAUGGACAAUCCACCACCACACCACCUACCACUACUAAUGGACAGUCCCCCAACUCACCACCUACCACUAGUAAUGGACAGUGCACCACCUCAUCACCUACCACUACUAAUGGACAGUCCACCACCACACCACAUACAACUACUAAUGGACAGUCCCCCAACUCACCACCUACCACUACUAAUGGACAGUCCACCACCUCACCACUUUCCACUACUAAUGGACAGUCCACCCCCUCACCUCCUACCACAACUAAUGGACAGUCCACCACCUCACCUCCUACCACUACUAAUGGACAGUCCCCCACCUCACCACCUACCACUACUAAUGGACAGUCCACUACCACACCACCUACCACUACAAAUGGACAGUCCACCACCACACCACCUACCACUACUAAUGGACAAUCCACCACCACACCACCUACCACUACUAAUGGACAGUCCCCCAACUCACCACCUACCACUAGUAAUGGACAGUGCACCACCUCAUCACCUACCACUACUAAUGGACAGUCCACCACCUCACCACCUACCACUACUAACAGAGAGUCCACCACCACACCACCUACCACUACUAAUGGACAGUCCACCACCACACCACCUACCACUACUAAUGGACAGUCCACCACCACACCACAUACAACUACUAAUGGACAGUCCCCCAACUCACCAUCUACCACUACUAAUGGACAGUCCACCACCUCACCACUUUCCACUACUAAUGGCCAGUCCACCCCCUCACCUCCUACCACAACUAAUGGACAAUCCACCACCUCACCACCUACCACUACUAAUGGACAGUCCACCAACUCAAAACCUACCACUACUAACGGACAGUCCACCACCACACCACCUACCACUACUAAUGGACAGUCCACCACCUCACCACCUACCACUACUAAUAGACAGUCCACCACCUCACCACCUACCACUACUGACGGACAGUCCACCACCUCACCACCUACCACUACUAAUGGACAGUCCACCACCUCACCACCUACCACUACUAAUGGACAGUCCACCACCUCACCACCUACCACUACUAAUGGGGAGUGGUAGGCAGGAAGUGUAUGUGACCGCUAGCUAUGUCCCUUCCGUCUUCAAGAGAGCGAGAGUUGCACCCUUUCUCAAAAAACCAACACUCGAUCCCUCUGAUGUCAACAACUACAGACCAGUAUCCCUUCUUUCUUUUCUCUCCAAAACUAUUGAGCGUGCAGUCUCUAGCCAACUCUCUUGCUAUCUCUCUCAGAAUGACCUUCUUGAUCCAAACCAGUCAGGUUUCAAGACUUGUCAUUCAACUGAGACUGCUCUUCUCUGUGUCACGGAGGCUCUCCGCACUGCUAAAGCUAACUCUCUCUCCUCUGCUCUUAUCCUUCUAGACCUGUCUGCUGCCUUUGAUACUGUGAACCAUCAGAUCCUCCUCUCCACCCUCUCCGAGCUGGGCAUCUCCGGCGCGGCUCACUCUUGGAUUGCGUCCUACCUGACCGGUCGCUCCUACCAAGUGGCGUGGCGAGAAGCUGUCUCCGCACCACGUGCUCUCACCACUGGUGUCCCCCAGGGCUCAGUUCUAGGCCCUCUCCUAUUCUCGCUAUACACCAAGUCACUUGGCUCUGUCAUAUCCUCACAUGGCCUCUCCUAUCAUUGCUACGCUGACGAUACACAACUAAUCUUCUCCUUUCCCCCUUCUGAUAACCAGGUGGCGAAUCGCAUCUCUGCAUGUCUGGCAGACAUAUCAGUAUGGAUGAUGGAUCACCACCUCAAGCUGAACCUUGGCAAGACGGAGCUGCUCUUCCUCCCGGGGAAGGACUGCCCGUUCCAUGAUCUCGCCAUCACGGUUGACAACUCCGUUGUGUCCUCCUCCCAGAGUGCGAAGAGCCUUGGCGUGACCCUGGACAACACCCUGUCGUUCUCUGCUAACAUCAAGGCGGUGACCCGAUCCUGUAGGUUCAUGCUCUACAACAUUCGGAGAGUACGACCCUGCCUUACACAGGAAGCGGCACAGGUCCUAAUCCAGGCACUUGUCAUCUCCCGUCUGGAUUACUGCAACUCGCUGUUGGCUGGGCUCCCUGCCUGUGCCAUUAAACCCCUACAACUCAUCCAGAAUGCCGCAGCCCGCCUGGUGUUCAACCUUCCAAGUUCUCUCACGUCACCCCCGCUCCUCCGCACACUCCAAUGGCUUACAGUUGAAGCUUCGCAUCUGUUACAAGACCAUGGUGCUUGCCUAUGGAGCUGUGAGGGGAACGGCACCUCCGUACCUUCAGGCUCUGAUCAGUCCCUACACCCAAACGUGUGCAUUGCGUUCAUCCACCUCUGGCCUGCUGGCUCCCCUUCCUCUGCGGAAGCAUAGUUCCCGCUCAGCCCAGUCAAAACUGUUCGCUGCUCUGGCACCCCAAUGGUGGAACAAGCUCCCUCACGACGUCAGGACAGCGGAGUCACUCACCACCUUCAGGAGACAUUUGAAACCCCACCUCUUUAAGGAAUACCUGGGAUAGGAUGAAGUAAUCCUUCUACCCCCACCUUACCCCCCCCCCCACCCCCCACCCCCCCCCCCCCCCCCCCCUAAAAAAACAAACAAAAAAAAAAAAACAAAAAAACAAAAAAACCACUGACAAACAUAAUGAAAGUGAAGAAUCACAACCAAAACCUAAACAAAUAAAUGAAAAAACAAACAACCUACCACCUACCACACUAAUGACAGUCACCACCUACACCACACAAGAACAGUCCACACACAAACACUACUAAGAACGUCCACCACCUCAACCCCCCUACCACAUGACUAAUGGACAGUCACCACCUCACCACCUACCACUACUAAUGGACAUCCACACCACACUACCACACACUACUAAUGGACAGUCCACACCACACACCUCCACUACUAAUGGACAGUCCACCACCUCACCACUACCACCACUUUCUAAAUGGACAGUCCACCACCUCACCACCUACCACUACUAAUGGACGUCCACCCCUCACCCUACCACUCUAAGGACAGUCCACCCUACACUACCAACUAGGACAGUCCCCACCUCACCACCUACCACUACUAAUGGACAGUCCACCACCUUCACCACCUACAACACUAAUGGACGUCCACCAACUACCACCUACCACACUAAUGGACAGUCACCACCCACCACCUACCACUACUAAUGGACAGUCCACCACCUCACCACCUACCACUACUAAUGGACAGUCCACCACCUCACACACCACAACUAAUGGACAGUCCACCACCACACCCUACCACUACUAAUGGACAGUCCACCACUCACCACCUACCCUACAAUGGACAGUCCACCCUCACACCUACCAUACUAAUGGGACAGUCACACCUCACACUACCAACUAAUGGACAGUCCACUACCACACUACCUACCAUACUAAUGACAGUCCACCAACUCACCACCUACCCACACUAAUGGACAGUCCACCACCCACACCUACCACUACUAAUGGACAGUCUACCACCACACACCUACCCACCACUAUUGGACAGUCCAUACCACACUACCUACCACUACUAAUGGAAGUCCACCACCUCACACCUAUCACUACUAAUGGACAGUCCACACCACACCACCUACCACUACUAAUGGACAGUCCACCACACACCACCUACCCAAUUGGACAGUCCACACCACCUACCUACCACUACUAAUGGACAGGUCCACCACCUCACCAACUACCACUACUAAUGGACGUCCACACCUCACCACCUACCACCACUAAGGACAGUCCACCACACCACCUACCACUACUAAUGGACAGUCACCACCUCACACCUACCACUACUAAUGGACAGUCCACCCUCACCACCUACCACUACUAAUAGACGUCCACCACCUCACACCUACCACUUCUAAUGGACAGUCACCACCUACACCUACCACUACUAAUGGACAGUCCACCAACCACACCACCUACCACUACUAAUGGACAGUCCACAACCUCACCACCUACCACUACUAAUAGACUGUCCACCACCUCACCACCUACCACUCUAAUGGACAGUCCACCACCUCACCUACCACUAUAAUGGAGUCCACCACCUCACACACUACCACUACAAGGACAGUCCAGCAACCUCACACCUACCACUACUAAUGGACAGUCCACCAUCUUCACCAACCACAACAACUAAUGGACAGUCCACCCACCAUACCACCUACCACAACUAAUGGACAGUCCACCACCACACCACCUACCACUACUAAUGAACAGUCCACCACCUCACCACCUACCACUACUAAUGGACAGUCCACCACCUCACCACCUACCACAACUAAUGGACAGUCCACCACCACACCACCUACCACUACUAAUGAACAGUCCACCACCUCACCACCUACCUCUACUAAUGGACAGUCCACCACCUCACUACCUACCACUACUAAUGGACAGUCUACCACCUCACUACCUACCACCACUAUUGGACAGUCCACUACCACACUACCUACCACUACUAAUGGACAGUCCACCACCUCACCACCUACCACUACUAAUGGACAGUCCAACACCACACCACCUACCACUACUAAUGGACAGUCUAACACCACACCACCUACCACCACAAUUGGACAGUCCACUACCACACUACCUACCACUACUAAUGGACAGUCCACCACCACACCACCUACCACUACUAAUAGACAGUCCACCACCUCACCACCUACCACUACUAAUGGACAGUCCACCACCUCACCACCUAACACUACUAAUGGACAGUCUACCACCUCACUACCUACCACCACUAUUGGACAGUCCACCACCACACUACCUACCACUACUAAUGGACAGUCCACUACCACACUACCGACCACUACUAAUGGACAGUCCACCACCUCACCACCAACCUCAACUUCCAGCGGACAACUGACCUCAUCAGGUCCCCACUCCCCAGACAGGAAGCCCACAUCUUCCCCCAGUAGUUCAACUUCUCCCACUCCAUACCUGGUUGAGUGUCAGACAUGGAGCUACCAAUCUCUACCAAUCUGCACAAAUGUGUUACAAGUGACAAUUGUUGGGCUUUUCAUGGCAGAUAAGACCGUCAGUGUAUGUGUAUUUGUGGUAUUGUGUUUAUGAACUUGCAUUUACAUGUGUGCAAUUUCAUGUUUGUGUUUUGUCCAUGCAGAUUACCUGCACUACUUCAACGAGUCCAAGAGCUGGAUCAAUGCCCUGGAGUUCUGUAAAAGUCGUGGCUCAACGUCCAACCUGUUGCACAUCACCAACCAGACCGUGCAGGCUGAUGUGACCCAGCUCCUGGCCAACGUGGAGCUUCCAUGUGGGGGAGUGUGGAUUGGUCUGGAGCGGUCCACCUUUGAGUGGAUCGCCCCCUGGCUGUGGACCAUUAGUGAUGUUGAGAAGGUGGUGAAGUACAGAGAGUGGCACAGCUGCUUCCCCCUCAACCCCAUCAAUUACCACUGUGGUAAGAUGGUCCGGGUUGGUAAUGGAGAACUGAAGUGGCUGGAUGCUUCCUGUCAUCAGGAAUUACCCUUCAUCUGUGAAGGUGCGUUGCUCAACUUUUGAGCUCCUAUUUUAGGGCUUGUUAAUAAGUGGGGUGGAACAUUCAGAACAUUGCAGAUAGACAAAUAUUACAUAGAACUGUUAUGGUUUACUGUGGAAUAGAGAUUGACUGUCUUGACUAUCAUGUCAGCUCUAUGCAAUGUAUACUUUAUGCAAUGCUCUGAUUAUACCUCCCUAUUGAAUAAGGCUCAACCCACAUCCCAGACAUCCACCCCUCUACAGUUGGCUACUAUCUGCACUGCUCUUUAUUCCCUUUAACUCCCUCCCUUUUACAUAGUCUAGACUCACUCUACUAGUAAAAGUCUUUUGAAUCAGCCAAAACAUAAUGGCAUGGCCUGGUCAUAUAAGAUAGAUCCAUGUCCUCUUAUCCUGUGUAUGAUGUUUCAACAGAUCUCCACUAGAGGGCUCUCCAUGGCAGCCUGGACAUUCUGCAGACAGACACCACCCUGAUCUGCCAGAGAGACUAUCACUCAUGGUCUGGAAGGAAUCUGCAUUUUAAUUCGUUAUAUUAUUACACCACUAUUACUAUUAUUAAUAUUAUUACUACUUUAACUUAGUAUUAUCAUCUCUAUUACAUGAUAUUACUUAAUGAUACUGUACUUACACAUACUGACUCAUAAGCAUUGUAAUUUGACCUAUAAUUUACUGUAAUACUUUGAUUAUUUAAAAAUAGAGUAAAGAAAGGUAAAGUAAACGUUAUUAACUUAACAUGUAGUAUGUAACUCCUGUGUGAUCUGUACUGUUUGAGAACGCUAUUUAGUUAGAAUGAAAUUAUUGUUAUUUUGUAUUUCCUUUCAUCUUUGUUCUGAGUAAAACAUCCAUUUAGUGUUUGAUCAGUGUGGAAUUUCAUUCUUCAUAGAAAGUGCAUUGAGUGAUGAAUCAAAAGCAAUUAAAAUGUUCAUAAUUUAACCCUAAGAUUGAGAGGUAUUAGUGAUGUCUAGUCUAAAGCGACUUUAUGAAUAUUUUCAGCAGGAAAACGAGUCCAUCUCAACUGUCAGCAACAAUGAACUGAUAUCUCAGAAAACAACUUUUGGCCUAAAACUGCAAUUAGAUUAUCAGGGGGCGAGAUGUCUGUGACAUCUGUAAUGUUGACACAUAAUGGGCUAUAUUUAUGCAACACUGCUCUCCAAACCAUAAACUCAAAUCCAUUUUUCCCAGGUGCAGCCCCUGACCUCUUCUUUAGCCAGCAGUCCUUGGAUGAGUCCUUCACCAACACCUGAGCAGUAGACCCAUGUGAGUAUUUAUGCUUAUAUACCAGUGGCGGUUGGUGCCGGUUUAUGAUGAGGGAGGACUAUUUUUUUUUUCAUGAGCAUGGCCUUAUUCAUAUUCCAUUAACCCAGUUCAAUGUAACAUCGAUAAGUUUAGGCUACUACAUAAUACUGAAAUGUUCCCUAUAUCUAUCAUGAGGUUGCUACAACCUAGCCUAUGAAUGAAAGUUUACGAUGUAGGUGCACACAGGUCGAGAGAAAAAUGUGAGAUGACAGACAGUGACUCAUGGACAGACAGUGACACUUUCCAAUACCGCCUUGCACACUCUUGCCUGCAUAUAGCUAUCUAGGGUGUAAUCAUUAGUCCAACAGUUGCAAACAGAGUUCUAUUGGACAAAUUCAGGUAUUUUUAUCCCCAUUUCAUUUGCUUCCGUUUAAAGAAAUUUUUUUCAACAAAAUGGGCGGACGAAUACCCCCGAUCAGAUAAAACAGUUCAUUUUUCAUAGAAGCCACUUGUAUAUUCUAGCCUUUAUCACUCUCCUCCUCUCCCUUUUCCCUUCGUUUGUGGCCCUUUAAAGAAAAAAACAUCAGCUGUAAGUGACAAGCAAAAAAUUUUCCCAACCAUUCAUAACCGCUACCACAGCCUAUGCAUUGUCCCCCAUAUUGCUAAAAAUAACGUCCCGUCAACUAGCUAUAGAAAUAAUGCUUUUGUAAAACCCCUACAAUCAUGCAGUAACUUUAAUGUAUAUCACUAACAUUACACCCGGGGGGCCCCCGGGGAAUAAAUUAAUAAAACCAAAAGCACCUUUCUUGGGAAAGAGUUUCCCCCUGUUUUUUGGAGAGUUUGCCGCUAACCCAUGCAUGCCUCUUUUUGAGCCGGUUUUGAGUAACUAACUAGCCUCUGCAUUUUUCUAGCUAAUAAAUGAAACUGAAAUAAAAAAAAAAAAAAGCGAAAUCUCCUUCUUUCUUGCUCCUCCUUAUUUUUUUGAAGAAAUUAAAUUUGUUUUAAAACUCUUCAACUAUUGUCUUUUUUCCCCUCUUUAAACACCACCCCAUUUUAUGCAUGCAGUGCAUUUGCUGGCUUUCUUUCAGACUAGAUUAUUCUCUGAUCCUUUGAUUGUGUGUACAAUUUCACUCAUACGCAAACUCUGCAUGUGAAGACUCUCCGAAAAUUGCAUAAAAAUUGUGAGUCAUGGGAAGGGGGGGAAAACCAACCGCCUCCUGGUUUUUUUAUUAAGUCGUACCGGGAGGACGGGAAACUACUGUCCUCCGGUACACCCAUUGUGCUACCCCCCAGAUGCUGUUAGGGUACUGUAAUCUUCAUUGCAAAAAAUUUUAAAUUAAUAAUUAUUUGGGGACUGAAUAUAUUUAUAAGUUUUAUCUAAAAGGAAACUUUUUCAAAGUUUUACAUUUAAAAAAAUUUAAAAUUUAUGAGGGGAUGGUCCUCCCCUUCCCCUUCUGAGGACCCACUUCAUAAGCAUAUCCUUACAUUUACAUUUAACUUUUAGUCAAAAUUUUAAAACCUCUUUUCCAGAGCGCUUACCCCUUGGAAACAAAUAAUUUUUUCUAGGGGUAAAAAGAAACCACAACCCUGGGUUCCCAAAAAGCCAUGCCAACAAAAUGAGGCUACACCCCCGGCCAUUCCCUCCCAACCCUGGGGAAAAUUUGCCGGGCCAUGAUUUUCCCGGCGCCCCGGCGCACGACCUUUAAAGGACUUAUGGGACAUUCAUUAAUAGGGUUAAACUGUGCCCUCAGAGCUUACCUUAACUUUUAGGGGCACAAAUUUUAAAAAUUUCAAACCUCGCUACCCAUAGCGGUUAAGGGCUGUGGGUUAACCCUAGCCACCCCACAAAAUCCAUUUUAUUCUUUUUUUUUAUAUUUUAAAAAAACUUUUUUUUGGGGGGGCAUUUUACCCCAAUGGGUCCCAUUUAAAAAAGGGUCCGGCACGAAUGUUUUUUUCUAAUCGAGAUGCCACUUCCUCCCCCCGCUUAAACCGGGAAAUUUAAAAUUUUUGUAGUUUUCAAAUUCGGGUAAUUUCCAUAUGUUUAUUAAAAACAAGAGGGGGGCUACUAACUUCCCAAAAAAUUUUAAAAUUUUUUUUUUAAAAAAAAAAAUUUAAGGGAUUAUUUUAAUUUAAUUUUUUUUUAAGGUUUACGUUUUUUCAAUUUAAGGGGGGAAAAAGUUUAGCCCCCCCCCUUUUCUGUUUUUUUCCGAAAAAAAAGGGAAAAAUAAAGGGGGACCUUUUUAAAAAAGGGUUUUUAAAUUAUUAGGCCCUAUAAAAAAUAUGAUAUCAAUCGUUUUUAAAAGGUAUUGUCCUCUACCCACCUUUGCUUUAGUGUAAUCAAUCUAAUAUUGUUAUAUUCAAACCUACCCCUGACACCAUAGACAUGUGUUCCAGAGGCUGUGGCAUUACCGCUAGACCAGCCAGGCCACAAGACUACCAUCUUAUUGGCGUUAUUGGGGUUUAUAUCUGUAAGACAGGUGCAAGGGUGGCAUUUUAGCCCCAAUAGGGUCCCAAUUUAACAAGCAGUGUCAGAUGCCGGACACAGCAAAUCUUCAUGUUGUCUACACAGCUAUCAGAUGCCAUCUCUCUCUCCCCAGUCUUACCAGGGAUUCAUGCAAAUAUAUUUGCUCAUGUGGUUUCUAAUAUCGGAUAAUAUUUCCAUGAUGUUAAACAUAGAACACAGAGGCUAGCUACUGCACACUUCCAAAGUAAUCUAUAGCCUUUAAAUGUAAGUGGAAGAAAAGUUAUAUUUAUUGUAAAUAAGCUGGAUCUCAUUUGAGUGGCUGCUACCAUUCAUAUGUCCCUCUAGAAAAGAGAAGCAAGCAGACCAUUGUCAGGAUGUCUCUGAAAUCUAACUCAGGAGCUGACCUCAAUGACCCAGCGGUUAAGGAACAGAUGUUGGAGCAGGUACAGUAG